AUGUCGAAACCCAGUCUCCACCAGAUUGAAGAGGGCAGUAAAGCCGCGGCGGUCGACAAGUUACUGGCUGGAGAUGAGAUCGUCGGCAUCAAUGACAUUGGUCUCUCAGGGUUUAGACAGGAAGCGAUUUGCCUGGUGAAGGGGUCCCAUAAGACCCUGAAACUGGUCGUCAAAAGGAGGAGCGAGCUGGGCUGGAGGCCUCACUCCUGGCAUGCCACCAAGUUCUCUGACAGCCACCCUGAGCUAGCGGCCUCCCCGUUCCCCUCCGCCAGCGGCUGUCCUUCCUGGUCUGGCCGACACCAUGCGAGUUCUUCCUCCCACGACCUGUCCAGUUCCUGGGAGCAGACGAACCUACAGCGCACCUUAGACCACUUCAGCUCCCUGGGGAGUGUUGGCAGCCUGGACCACCCCUCCAGUCGCCUCUCGGUGGCCAAGUCCAACAGCAGCAUCGACCACCUGGGCAGCCACAGCAAGCGUGACUCAGCCUACGGCUCCUUCUCCACCAGCUCUAGCACUCCUGACCACACCUUGUGCAAAGCCGACACGUCCUCUGCAGAGAACAUCCUCUACAGUGUAGGCCUCUGGGAGGCUCCCAGACAGGGUGGCCGGCAGGCCCAGGCCGCAGGUGACCCUCAGGGCUUGGAGGAGAAGCUAAGGUGUUUCCCGCCCAGGGUCCCCAGUGACAGCGACAAAGGCCCCAGGCCAGAGUACAAUGCCGAGCCCAAGCUGGCUGUCCCUGGGAGGUCCAAUUUUGGGCCAGUCUGGUAUGUUCCUGAUAAGAAGAAAGCACCAGCAUCCCCACCCCCUCCCCCUCCCCCUCUCCGCAGUGACAGCUUUGCUGCCACCAAGAGCCACGAGAAGGCCCAGGGCCCUGUGUUCUCAGAGGUGGCCGUGGCACAGCACUUUACGGCCCCGGCCCAGGCUCAGCCCCGUGGUGACUGGAGACCAGAGCCCACUGAUCGGCCUUGGAGGUCAGCACAGCCAGGGAGCCUCGGGAAGGGAUCGGGAGGCCCGGGCUGCCCGCAGGAGGCCCGCGCAGAUGGCAGCUGGCCACCCUCCAAGGAUGCAGCUUCCAGUAGGCUGCAGGCCUCUCUGUCCAGCUCAGAUGUGUGCCUCCCUCAGUCUCCUCGUAGCGGCCGCCACCCUCCCCUGUACAGUGACCACAGCCCACUCUGUGCUGACAGCCUUGGGCAGGAGCCAGCGGCUGCCAGCUCCCAGAACGACAGCCUUCCUCAGGUGAGGGGGCUCAGCAGCUGUGACCAGAAGCUGGGGAGCGGCUGGCAGGGCCCCCGGCCCUGUGUGCAGGGAGGCCCGCAAGUGGCACAGCUCUGGGCAGGAUGCUGGCCUUCUGACACGGCCCCUGGAGCCCUCAAGAGUCUUCCCCCACCCACGGUGGGCCAGAGCCCACACCGUCACCUACCUCAGCCUGAGGGUCCUCCAGAUGCCUGGGAGACAGGACGGUGUUACCCGCUGGACACAGGGGCCGAGGGCUGCUCCGCGGGAGCCCAGGAGCCUCCCAGGGCCAGCCGUGUAGAAAAAGCCAGCAUCACAUGGGCAGAUGGGGAGAGCAGCAGGAUCUGCCCGCAGGAGACGCCCCUGUUGCACUCCCUGACCCAGGAGGGGAAACACCGGCCUGAGAGCAGCCCAGAGGACAGCGCCACCAGACCGCCACCGUUCGACGCCCAUGUGGGCAAGCCCACCCGGAGAAGCGACCGCUUUGCGACCACCCUGCGGAAUGAGAUCCAGAUGCGUCGAGCCAAGCUGCAGAAGAGCCGGAGCACGGUGGCUCUGACUGCAGCAGGCGAGGCGGAGGAUGCCACCGGCCGCUGGAGGGUCAAGUUGGGAGGUGGCGCCCAGGAAGGACCCUUCGCUGGCACCUAUAAAGACCACCUGAAGGAGGCCCAAGCCCGAGUCCUGAGGGCCACGUCCUUCAAGCGCCGCGACUUGGACCCCAACCCAGCAGAUCUAUACCCGGAGUCACUGGAACACCGGAUGGGUGAUCCAGACACUGUCCGCCACUUCUGGGAGGCAGGCCUGGCCCAGCCACCCUCAUCUACAGGUGGCGGGCCCCACCCGCCCCGCAUCGGAGGCCGGAGACGGUUCACAGCUGAGCAGAAACUGAAGUCCUACUCGGAACCCGAGAAGAUGAAUGAGGUGGGCCUCACGAGGGGCUACAGUCCUCACCAGCACCCCAGGACAUCUGAGGAUACUGUGGGCACAUUUGCUGACAGGUGGAAGUUUUUUGAGGAAACGAGCAAACCUGUUCCCCAGAGGCCUGCCCAGAGGCAAGUGCUUCAUGGAAUCCUGAGAGACAAGCCAGAGAGGCCGUGGACAGUGGGCCGCACGUGUGAGGGCACGGAGCCCUGGUCGCGCACCACCUCCCUUGGGGACAGCCUCAAUGCUCACAGCACAGCGGAGAAGACAGGGACGUCAGACCCGCCGCAGAGGCUCGGCACCUUUGCAGAGUAUCAGGCCUCCUGGAAGGAACAGAGGAAGCCUCUGGAGGCCAGGAGCUCCGGGCGCUGCCACUCAGCGGAUGACAUCCUGGAUGUGGGCCUGGACCCGCACGAGAGGCCGCAGCACGUUCAUGGGAGGUCCCGGUCUUCGCCAUCCACAGACCACUACAAGCAGGAAGCUUCUGUCGAACUGCGAAGGCAGGCAGGGGACCCUGGCGAGCACAGAGAAGAGCUUCCCUUCGCAGUCCGGGCCAAGGAGGGACAGUCCACGCUGAGACAAGCAGAUGUCCAGUGUUGGGAAGGCAGCCCAGGAUCACAGCAGCACCCACCGAGUCAGAACGCACCGAACCCACCCGUAUUCUCUGAACCAUCUCACUCGCAGGGAGCCCCAGAGCUGCCCCAGGAGGGCCGGGGCCGAGCAGGAACCCUACCUCGAGAUUAUAGAUACUUGGAGGAGAGCAUCCCAGCAGACUUGGGACCCCGAGCCCAUAGCCCUGGCUCACCCCUGCAUGCUCGAGGACAAGACUCGUGGCCAGUGAGCUCAGCCCUGCUUGCCAAGAGGCCAGCCCCACAGAGGCCACCGCCACCCAAGCGCGAGCCCAGGAGAUACAGGGCCACAGACAGCGCACCUACCGACGCACCCCUGGCCGUCCUUGGCAGGCCCUUCCCAACACCGUCCCCUGCAUCCCUGGAUGUGUGUGUGGCCCGUCUGUCCCUCUCCCGCAGCCCCUCUGUGUUCAGCAGUGCCCAGCCCCAGGACAUCCCGAAGGCCGCUGCCUGUGAGUGUGGAAGCCAGCAUGUGAGUGGGGACACAUCCCUUCCUCUGCCAGAAGCACCGCUCCCUCCCAAGCAGCAGCACCUGCGCCUGCAGACGGCCACCAUGGAGACCUCGCGCUCCCCCUCGCCCCAGUUCGCUCCCCAGAAGCUGACGGACAAACCUCCUCUGCUCAUCCAGGAUGAGGAUUCAACCAGAAUUGAGCGGGUGAUGGACAACAACACCACGGUGAAGAUGGUGCCCAUCAAGAUCGUGCACUCGGAGAGCCAGCCAGAGAAGGAGAGCCGCCAGAGCCUGGCACGCCCUGCUGAGCCACCCGCCCUGCCCCGCGGGCUGGAGAAAGACCAGAUCAAGACGCUGAGCACGUCGGAGCAGUUCUACUCCCGCUUCUGCCUGUACACGCGUCAGGGUGCUGAGCCCGAGGCCCCACAUAGGGCCCAGCCAGCUGAGCCCCAGCCCCUGGGCACCCAGGCGCCCCCCGAGAAAGACCGCUGCGCCUCCCCUCCGGGGCUCAGCUACAUGAAGGCCAAAGAGAAGACUGUGGAAGACCUGAAGUCGGAGGAGCUGGCCAGGGAGAUUGUGGGGAAGGAUAAGUCCCUGGCCGACAUCCUGGAUCCCAGUGUGAAGAUCAAAACCACCAUGGACUUGAUGGAAGGUAUCUUCCCCAAAGACGAGCACCUCCUGGAAGAAGCCCAGCAGCGGAGGAAGCUGCUCCCCAAAAUCCCCUCUCCUAGAAGCACAGAGGAGAGGAAAGAGGAGCCCAGCGUGCCUGCGGCCGUAUCCCUGGCCACCAAUUCUACCUACUACAGCACGUCGGCCCCCAAGGCGGAGCUGCUGAUCAAGAUGAAGGACAUGCAGGAGCAGCAGGAGCGUGAAGAAGAUUCGGGGAGCGACUUGGACCAUGACCUGUCGGUAAAGAAGCAGGAGCUCAUCGAGAGCAUCAGCCGCAAGCUGCAGGUGCUUCGGGAAGCCCGCGAGAGCCUGCUGGAGGACGUGCAGGCCAAUACUGUGCUGGGGGCCGAGGUGGAGGCCAUCGUGAAAGGCGUCUGCAAGCCCAGCGAGUUUGACAAGUUCCGGAUGUUCAUUGGAGACCUGGACAAAGUGGUGAACCUCCUGCUGUCACUGUCAGGCCGCCUGGCCCGGGUGGAGAAUGCCCUCAAUAAUUUGGACGACAAUGCUUCUCCUGGUGAUCGGGUAAAUACAGAUGCGUCUGACUUGGAAAUGGGGGAUGGUCUCGUGGGAAGGCUGUUUUUCAAGUGUUGUGAAAGUCAGCUCCUUGGAGCCUAG